AUGGCACCUGGUGUCAUUCAGAAUGCUGAAAGUCUUUUAGAUAGCGCUCUAAAAUCUAUAUCUGCCGAUAGAAGCGGUAUUAUUGACCAGUUAACUUCAGGAAAAUCGUGCCCCAUUGAUCAUGCGGAAUCUGUUAUUGAUAGUGUUGUACUUAGCGUAGUAAAAAGUGAUGAAAAGGAAAAUCAGAGCCGCGCUGUCGACGGUGUUGCGAAGUUUGAAAUAACGAAGCUGGAUAAAAAAGUACCGCGGAAGGUGAUCCGACCGAAAGUGCUGAAAAACCACGAGUCCAGGGAAUAUUUGUACGAUCGGCUUUACGAUACUACCUGCCCAAGAGUGCCCACAUUAUGCAACGAGAGGGCGUGUCUUGGAAGUUUGAUGGCCAUCCCCGGCAGAGGCGACGUGCCUAGGGAGUCCGAAGAGGUUCUCAACGAUGCGAAGGACUUCCUUGGACAGUAUUUCGCGUCUAUACGUAGGGCCAACACUCCGGCUCACGAAGCCCGAUGGAAAGCGGUACAAGAGGAGGUAGCUAAGACUGGAACUUACCAGCUGACUACUACCGAAUUGGUGUUUGGAGCUAAGCUUGCUUGGAGGAACGCAAGCAGAUGCAUUGGCCGAAUACAGUGGUCCAAACUACAGGUAUUCGAUUGCAGACAAGUGACAACCACAAGCGGAAUGUUCGAAGCACUUUGCAAUCAUAUUAAGUACAGCACGAACAAAGGAAACAUAAGGUCGGCCAUUACUGUAUUUCCACAGCGUACAGAUGGUAAGCACGACUACAGGAUAUGGAACAGUCAGUUGAUAAGCUACGCAGGGUACAGACAGCCAGAUGGAACCGUGCUGGGGGAUCCAAUGCAUUGCGAGUUCACUGAGUUGUGUCUGAAACUGGGGUGGAAGCCUUCCCGUACCGCUUGGGACAUAUUGCCUCUGGUGUUGUCCGCUAAUGGAAAGGAUCCGGACUACUUCGAGAUUCCCCGUGACCUUGUCAUGGAAAUCCAAAUGACCCAUCCGAAUUACGAGUGGUUCAGAGAACUGGAGCUCCGUUGGUACGCCUUGCCCGCUGUCUCCAGUAUGCGGUUCGACUGCGGUGGUAUCGAGUUCACCGCCAACGCCUUCAAUGGCUGGUACAUGAGCACCGAGAUUGGGUGUCGCAACUUUUGCGACACAAACCGCCUGAACAUGCUGGAGAAAGUUGCGCAGAAAAUGGGUUUAGAUACAAGAACACCGGUUAAUCUAUGGAAAGACAAAGCUCUCGUUGAAGUCAAUAUUGCGGUGCUCCAUAGCUUCCAGCAGCAUAACGCUACAAUUGUUGACCACCACACAGCCUCGGAGAGUUUUAUAAAGCACCUGGACAAUGAGAACAGAUUGAGAUCCGGGUGUCCCGCAGAUUGGAUUUGGAUUGUUCCACCUAUGUCGUCUUCAAUAACACCGGUGUUUCACCAAGAGAUGGCGCUGUAUUACUUACGCCCCGCUUAUGAAUACCAGGAACCGGCAUGGAAGACGCACCAGUGGCAAAAAUCGAAGCCUAUCACCGGCAAGAGGCCCAUCAACAGGAAAUUCCACUUUAAGCAAAUCGCGCGCGCCGUCAAGUUCACCUCGAAACUGUUCGGACGGGCGCUCUCCAAGAGGAUUAAAGCGACGGUGUUGUACGCGACCGAGACCGGCAAGUCUGAGCAGUAUGCUAAGGAGCUAGGAGUCAUUUUCGGUCACGCAUUCAAUGCUCAGGUGCAUUGUAUGGCAGACUAUGAUAUAACCUCUAUAGAACAUGAAGCCUUGCUACUGGUUGUAACCUCAACAUUUGGAAAUGGUGAUCCACCAGAAAAUGGCGUGGCAUUUGGUGAGCACCUAUGCGAAAUUUUGUACGCUGAUCAAGUAGCAGGUGAAGAUUCUACAGGGAGCUCCCAAAUGUUGACACCAAAAUCCUUCAUAAAAGCAAAUAGCCAAAUAGAACUCCAGCGUUAUAGUACUGGAAACCCGAAACAGCUCAACAGAUUAGAAUCUCUGAAAGGUAGUGCUACGGAUGCGGCAUCGAUAGAUAGUUUCGGCCCGCUAAGCAACGUUCGCUUCGCCGUGUUCGCUCUGGGUUCCAGCGCUUAUCCGAAUUUCUGUAACUUCGGCAAGUACGUUGACAAGUUGCUCGGGGACCUCGGAGGUGAGCGUAUUCACGACGUCGCCACGGGCGACGAAAUGUGCGGUCAAGAUCAAGCCUUCCGGAAAUGGGCCUCUAGCGUUUUUAACGUGGCGUGUGAGACAUUCUGCUUAGACGAUGACGAAACUCUUCAAGAAGCAAAGAGAGCUCUCGGUUCUUUUACUCUAAGCGAGGAGACUGUUAGAUUUGCCUGUCCGGCGGUUCAGCCUCCAGCAUUACCGGUGGCUUUGCAAUCUGCCCUGAAUCGCCAACUGGUAACGUGCAUCGUUAAAGCCAACAAAGACCUAGGCGAUUCUUCUGCUGAGAGAUCUACCAUUUUCAUCGACAUGGAACCAAAGAGUGAAAUUAAGUACGAUCCCGGAGACCAUGUUGGUAUUAUUGCGUGUAAUCGUAAGGAGCUAGUGGAAAGCUUAUUGGCUAGAUUAAAAGAUGUCAGUGAUUAUAACGAGCCCGUACAAUUGCAAUUAAUGAAGGAGACUCACACUUCAAGUGGACCAGUUAAGUCUUGGGAGCCGCACGAAAGACUUCCUCCGGUGAGCGUGAGGGAUCUGUUCACGCGUUUCUUAGAUAUCACAACCCCACCCACGACGAUUUUAUUACAAUAUUUAGCAAAGACAUGUGAGAAUGAUGAAGAAAAGAAACAAUUGAACAUUCUGGCUACAGAUCCAGCAGCGUAUGAAGAUUGGCGUCAUUUCCAUUUUCCGACGCUCCCUGAGGUGUUGGAUCAGUUUCCGUCAGCCAAGCCAAGUGCAUCUUUGUUGGCUGCUCUGCUAUCGCCAUUGCAACCCAGAUUCUAUUCAAUCUCAUCAUCCCCUAUAGCUCAUCCAAAACGGUUACACCUCACUGUAGCGGUAGUCACCUAUAGAACACAAGAUGGCGAAGGUCCUGUCCAUUAUGGUGUUUGUUCAAAUUAUCUUAUGGAUCGCAAGCCUGGCGACGAAGUUUACUUAUUCAUACGAAGUGCACCAAACUUCCACCUGCCCCAAGACUUGACGGUACCUCUUAUACUGAUCGGGCCUGGAACUGGCAUCGCACCGUUCCGUGGAUUUUGGCAUCACCGUAAGGCACAGCUGACCUCUCGAUCGCGCCCAACGGCUGGUCCGGUGUGGCUAUUUUUCGGAUGCCGUACUAAGACGAUGGACUUGUAUCGAGAGGAAAAGGAGCAAGCGCUCAAGGAAGGCGUACUGUCGAAAGUUUUCCUCGCACUGUCUCGUGAGAAAAAUAUUCCGAAAAUGUACGUACAAGAACUGGCCGAAAAUGAAGGUUCAGAGAUUUACGAAUUGUUGGUCAACCGUGGAGCGCAUUUCUACGUCUGCGGCGACUGCAAAAUGGCCGAAGACGUUCAUCAAAAAUUAAAGGGUAUCAUCAAAAAGCACGGCGCAAUGACUGAUGAACAAGUGCAAAACUUCAUGUUUUUGCUAAAGGAGGAGAACCGCUAUCACGAGGACAUAUUCGGCAUCACUCUCCGCACGGCCGAAGUCCACAGCGCCUCCAGGGAGUCGGCGCGCAGGAACCGCGUCGCCGCCCAGCCC